AUGGCACCUGCGGUCUUCAGCCAGAACACAAACCUAAGCGCUGUCAAGCUGACCAAGAAUCCCUGGCAUUGUGAUUGCACUUUAGCAGAUUUUGCGGAAUGGCUGAAGGACAACAAAGACAAAAUAUGGGAUAUGGAGCCCACUUGCCUUGGUCCAGGCGAGCUCGGCGGUAGGGCAAUUGACGAGAUAAAUCGAGAAGAGUUGUGCGAGAGCACGGACGAUUUGCCUCUUGCAGUCCUAGCCUUGUAUCAGAGGAGUAUGUUCUUCUCAACCUAA